AUGUGGUCUGAAUCCUCAGAAGAUUCUGAUGACGAAGACGAGCAAACAAACUUUCUUGCCCUACCGGUACAAGCUUACGUUGCUGAAACCAAGUCCGAGUCUGGAACUAGAGCUGAAUCAGAAAUAGAGUCCGAAAGAAGUCAUGGAUCUUUAUCCAUUUCUGAAGGGCCUAAUAACAUUGUUAAUGAAGAGCUGAGUAUUGGAGAAGAUGCAUUUGUGUGGUUUUCCUCCCUAAAACCUCUGGCUGCUGAUGUUGUUAAUGCACAAUUCACUUUUGAAACUCUUACUGCACCUACUGCUAAGGAUAGAUUCCUCAAGGAAAUGAACAAUUCUAUCGAGUACUUGGAGAAGCAGGAAACACCAACAGGAGUUGAGUUUUCUAAGAAUGAAUUCAUUCUUCAUGUUGAGGGCACUUCAUGGACAUACAGAGUGGUGAGGCACAUCAGAACAACUAGUUGGCCAGGAAGACUUACCCUUACCAAUCAGGCUCUCUACUUUGAGGCAUCCGGAGUAAUGUCAUAUGAAACUGCUGUAAAAAUCGAUCUUUCAAGAGCAGAUGCUGAUCAAGUUAAACCAACCUCAACUGGGCCAUGGGGUGCUCCCUUGUUUGACAAAGCAAUAGCAUACGAGACGUCUGAAUUAUCAGAACCCUUGGUGAUAGAGUUCCCUGAGAUGACUAGUUCCACUAGACGUGACCACUGGCUUACUCUAAUAAAAGAAGUCAUCUUGCUCCACCGCUUCAUAUUGAAAUUUGAUAUUCAAAACCCUAUACAGGCAUGGGAGAUCCAUGCUAGAAGCAUUUUGGGGAUCUUCAGGCUUCAUGCAGCUCGGGAAUUGCUGAGAAUAUCAUCACCGUCUCCUCAAACUUUUUGA